GAAAUGUUGUCUGACAAUUCUGAUGUUUUAAAUGAUUCUAAAUCCAUGGCAACCCUUCUUUAUUCCUGAAUCAAAGGAAACAUAGAGACCCUCACUCGUGAUACCUGUCCCUUGCUAGCGCUCUAGCAUUUGUCUCAUUCUGGGGAAUUUUUUCGAGCGAGUUCAAGUUUGAUUCACGAUAAAGUAUGGCGUCGAAUCUAGCUAUACCAUUGACGUCAUACGAAACAGCCCUAUGUCUCGUUCCUCCGUCGAGUCGAACCGGAGAUAUCGACCGUCUACGGGCUCUUUAUGAUAAAGCACAUGGACGAUGGCCACCACAUGCCAACCUCAUCUACCCCUUUGUGGCUCUAGAGGCCCUUCCCCAGGCAUCCCAAUUAUUACAGUCAACUUUAGCCAAUAGGACGAAGGCUGGCCCCAUCCGUCUUCGUUUGGACAAAUCGGACUUCUUCGCCCACAAACGCAGAAGCACAGUUUAUCUCACAGAUAGUGGAAGUGACGGGUUAAAUGCCGUGACACAUUUGCAGCGAGAUAUCAUAGAGGCUUUCGGUGCCCAAGGACGAAGUACUGGCCACUUACAUGUCACAAUUGGCCAAUGUGAGGCGGAAGACCUUGCCCAGAGACAAUUCCUACUCGACAAACUCGCCUUGAUCCCACCGAUAGAGUGGGAGGCGGAAGAGCUAGUAAUUCUGGUCCGUGACCGGUCCCAGGGCCUAGAUACUGGUUCCAGCCCAAUGUUGACCUGGGGAACUGUGUCACUAUCUGGUGGAUGUCCUGUGACGCGAAGCGCACGUUUCAGAGAUGAAGAAGAGGCCUCAUCGGGUGCAUCGUCGUCUAGCUCAGCGGGUGUUGGAUCAUCUUCGCCAUCGUCCUUACCCUCACAGCUACAAACCACAUACCAGUUUUUGCAAGCGAAGGACAGUGAGGAGGGCAAAUGGCAUGCUCUACCAGCAUCAACUUCGCAGGGAACAGAGGGGAACCAACUAGAUUCACCAGUGACUGUCGCCUCUUACAAUGUCCUCAUUGAUUCGCCCUAUCCUCCUCCAACUGAGAGGUACCCCAUCCUGCUGCGUAAUAUACUCUCGGAUGCGGCGGCGGCCGAAAUCCUUAUCCUACAGGAAGUGAGCGAUGACUUCUUCUCGUUCCUUCUUAGAGACAAGGGUAUCCGCCUGCGGUACCCAUUCGCGACGCAUGGGCCACCAGAUCAACCCGAGAUCGGUCCGUUAAACAGCCUCCGGAAUAUCGUAGUGCUCAGUCGCUGGCAGUUCAAGUGGGAAUGGCUACCCUUUGACAAACGGCACAAAGGUGCAGUAGUACUUCGACUGACAGACCUAGGAACCUUCCAGGAUUCUAAGUUCUUCCCGCUCAUUGUUACUGGAGUACAUCUUACUUGUGGUCUUGCCGACGGUUCCAUCAUAGCCAAACGGUCCCAGCUCCAAACCAUACUCAAGCAUCUAUCUAGGAAAUACUCCAGUAACCAUUGGAUAGUGGCAGGAGAUUUCAACAUUACAACGUCUUCUUACACAAUCGAUGCUGCGUUGAAGCGCAAUUCUAUUUCCUCCCAAGCCGCGUCUGUUUUGUCAUCUUUGGAUGGUAUGCUUACCCAGCAUGGUCUCGCUGAUUGCUACUUCGUUGGCCGUGCUAGUGGCUCUGCUAGCAAUGUGGGAAAGCCCCGGGGUAGGCUAGAUUUUGGGGCGUUGUAUGAAGGUGAAGAGGGCGCGACGUUUGACCCGACGGAGAACGAACUAGCUGCACGGAUCGCAGGAGACAGCUUUCAUAGCCGACCUCAACGAUACGAUCGGAUCUUGGCCCGUGGUGACGAAGUUCAAGUUCUUUCCUUUAACUUGUUCGGGUUCCCUGCCGGAGAUGAAGGCCAGCUGGCAAGUGAUCAUUGGGGAGUUAGAACGACCUUCAAAUUGAACCCCUCAACUAUUGAAGAUCCUGCAGGAGCUGAAGCUUCCAUCGAUCUUCAGACGGCACCAUCGAGCCUUGGCGGUGUCGAUAGUUUGAAGGAAUGUCUUAAGGAGCAUCAAGCAUUCCCAACCGAGGAGGAAAUUGCGCGGCGGCAAGAGGUCUUCGACUUGGUCAGAGAGUUAGUCAACCAACGUGACGCGAAUUUGCCAGAUGAUACCAGGUUGAACCUGUCGUUUGCAGUCGCACCCGUUGGGUCUUACGGUCUUGGGGUGUGGAACAGCUCCUCCGAUAUGGAUAUUCUUGUCAUCGGGCAGGUUAGCCCACGAACAUUCUUCACUCUCAUGAUCGCAAAGCUCCGACGAGCGACAGAUCGCGAUGUGUUGCUUCUACGGAAGGUAAAGGCCGCAUCCGGAAUGAUGUUGGAGUUGGAGGCUCGUGGUGUGCGCCUCGAUCUGCAGUAUUGCGCUGCAACUCGUGUUACUGAAAGCUGGCCACAAUCAUUAGAGCUCCCUGAGGAGGAUUCAACCUUUGACCUUCCCAUGCAAUCCUUGCUCAAGCUCAACUCCCUUCGCGACAUGCACUACCUACAACGUACAAUCCCCGACCUGGCCUCCUUCCGCCUUACCUAUCGCUUUAUCAAAAUCUGGGCCCAGAAACGCGGGAUCUACUCCGCGAAACUGGGCUAUCUAGGAGGAGUCCACAUAACCCUUCUUCUGGCACGCGUUUGUAAGCUCUCAUUUCGCCAGGCCGGCACCAUUUCCGCAGCCGACAUCAUCUCCACAUUUUUCAAGCACUAUGCCCACUUCAACUGGCAGAGGGAUUUCGUCUAUGAUCCUAGUUUCUACAAGUCGGCCCCACGAUACUUUCGAAAUUCGUUAAGGGAACCCCUGGUGAUUCUCACCCAACAUGCACCGAAGGUUAACGUUGCCCGUGCGGCUACUUGGCCCUCUACCGCAACUCUGGAGCAAGAAUUCAAACGGGCAGACGAACUCCUAUCAAAAGAUAACGUAACCUGGGGGGAGGUGGCUGGCUCCAUGGGAAGCUUCAAUGGUGCAGAAGAAUUCCUCAACUCAUAUCGGACCUAUGCAAAAAUAAACGUCCAAUACUGGGGCGGUGCAGCCACAAAGGGCAGAAUGCUGGUUGGCUGGCUGGAAUGGCGAUGCGUUUCCCUUCUUGUCGAUAUCCAGAACAAAUUCCCCGAUAUUCACGCCCGGAUCUGGCCGGCUCGGUUCACGGAUAUGGAGGACGUCAACGAAACCGUCAAAGAAUACCAAGGCUGCUACCUCAUUGGUCUGGUCAGGACGAAUAACUCGUUGAGAUCAUCCGCGACCGAGGCUGAGCGACAAUCGGCGAAAAUUUCCCUGCUAGCUGUGCUGAAUGCCUUUGCGGAGAAGAUUCGCCAAGACGAGAACUACUUUGAUAGUUCGUCCAGCUGGGUUGAUGUUAGUUUGGUCCAGCAGUCUGCGCUUCAGGGUCUCCGGGUUGAUACUUCCGACUGGGGCAACACCGCUUACGAUGACGCAUUUGACGAUGAUGAGGAUGAGAUCGAGCUUGAGGAUGACGAGUCUGAAGAUGUGCAUCCACGUCAGCGGAUUAUGCCUGUGCGUGGUGCUAAGGCUGUUGCGAUGCCUGAGGGGGUGAAGCUACGGUCUGCUAGCGAUGUCCUGAACCGGCUUCGCUGGGAUGCGGAUAUUGAUAUAGAAGAUUAUAUUGUCGGUUAUGAUGAUCGGUUUGUCGGGGAGAGGGAGAUGCCGGUGGGGCAAUGGAAGGCAGAGUUGACGGAUGAGGCUUUUAUCCCCAUGCAUCGGAUUCUGUACUUCAAGAGAAAGAGUGACGGAGUCAAGGUCUGGGAUCGUGAGACGCGGAGGGAUCUACUUUUCGGUAGUGGCGCGUCGAGCAAGCAGGAAUGAAGGUGUAGUCAUAUACACCAAGCCAAAUAGUAGAAUAAAAAUAAAUGUAACUUCUUACGAGAUCGUGCAGAAUUAUUUGGGGGUUCUAUCUAU